AUGCACUUGUCCAAGAACUUUUACUUCAAAAAAGGUGUUCAAAUCAGCAACAAAUUUGAGCAGGAGGAGCUGGAAGAAGAAGAAGAACGAAUCGCUUUUCUCCUCAAAAAAUGUCCCAACAUGAGACUCCUUCGCCAAAUUCAUGCCCACAUCCUCACUCGCUUCCUUCCCAUUUCCUCACUCUCUUUUGCUUUAUCCAAAAUAGCAGCUUUUUGCUCCCUUUCUCCUCUCGGCGACAUCUCAUAUGCUCGAACAGUUUUCUCUCGAAUCCCAUGCCCAAACAUAUUUUCUUGGAAUUCCAUGAUAAGGGGUUGUUCUCAAAUUGAAAACCCAUCAAAAGAGUCGAUUGUUUUAUUCAAAAAAUUGACUCAAAAAGGGUACCCGGGUCCGAAUACUUUUACUCUGGCUUUUGUUCUGAAGGCUUGUUCGGUUGUUAUGGCCUCAGAUGAAGGUAGACAGGUUCAUUCGCGUGUUUUUCGAUCUGGGUUUGGUUCAAGUUCUUUUGUUCAAAUGGGAUUGUUGAAUAUGUAUGUGAAAUUUGAGGAUGUUUGUUUUGCACAGUUGGUGUUUGAUGAAAUUACUGAGAGAGAUUUGGUUGCUUGGAGUGUGAUGAUUAGUGCUUAUUUGAGAGUUGGACUUGUUGAUGAGACUUUUGGGUUGUUUAGAGAAAUGCAAAUGGCGGGUGUUGUACCUGAUCAGGUAACAAUGGGGAGUGUAGUUAUGGCUUGUGCAUGGGCUGAUUCUUUGGACAUUGGUAAGUGGGUUCAUGCUUACAUAGAGAAGCAUAGGAUUGAAAUUGAUCUCGAGCUUGGAACUGCACUUGUUUAUAUGUAUGCAAGGUGUGGUUGUAUUGAAAAAGCAAAAGCAAUUUUCAACAAAUUGUCUGUAAAAGAUACUAAAGCUUGGAGUUCAAUGAUUGUGGGAUUAUCUAUUCAUGGGUUAUAUCAAGAAGCUUUAAAACACUUUGCUAUGAUGGAAGCAUCCAAGGUGAAGCCUGAUCAUUUAACAUUCACCAGCAUUCUAUCGGCAUGUGGUCACUGCGGGUUGGUUUCAGAGGGUCGAAGAUUUUGGUCCCACAUGAUUGAAUCUGGAAUCAAACCAUCCACAGAGCAUUAUGGUUGUAUGGUUGACCUAUUGUGUCGAGCUGGCCUCGUAGAUGAAGCUUGUAGUCUUGUAAAAAACAUGAUCAUCUCGCCAAAUCCAGUAAUUUGGCGAAGCCUACUUGUUGGGUGUGAGAAGAAUAAAUUGCUAGUGAAAGGUGAACUCAUUGCUGAGUGUCUUCUCCAAUUAGAACCACGAAAUGCAGAUAACUACAUCCUCCUCUCGAGUUUGUACGCAUCAGUUUCGCAGUGGGAGAAGAUGCGCCUUGUUAGAAUAGAGAUGAAGGAGAAAAGAAUCAAACCCAUCCCUGCCUACAGUUCCAUAGAGAUAGGCGGUAUUGUUCACGAGUUCAAAAUUCGCGACUCAUCCCAUCCAGACGCCAAGGAAUUGAGAGAAAUUUUAGGAGACAUUUCUGUAAGAGUCUCUGAAACUGGAUACAAACCUAGUGUCACAGAGAUACUACGUAGAGUGGUUGACGAAGAGAAAGAGAAUGCUUUCGGCGAGCACAGUGAGAAGCUAGCAGUUGCUUAUGGAUUAUGGAAGACAAAAGCACCUGCUGUUAUUAGAAUAGUGAGUAAUCAUAGAAUUUGUGGCGAUUGCCAUGAAGUGAUGAAGAUUAUAAGCAAAAGUUUUGAGAGGGAAAUAAUUAUAAGAGAUAGAGUUAGAUUCCAUAAAUUUGUUGAUGGAUCUUGUACUUGUAAGGAUUACUGGUGAAAUAGAAAGGUAAAACAAAUUUUUGUCUCA